CAGCCAGCCACUACCUCCUCCUCUAUCGACCUACCAAGACUCCUCCCUGUACUAUACCUUCUCUGACUAGCGACAACAUUUGUACUUUUACUCCUUCAAGUCCAGCGCCUUCCACUCCGAUCCCUUCAACCAGGUUCAUCCCUCGAGAUAUCCAACCCUUGUCUCCUUAGUCACCUACGAUGUGCCUGCCCUGAGCAGACAUGGGUGCGUCCUCCGACGAUAGAUACGGUGUGGUCCUGGAUGCAGGUUCAUCUGGGACUCGAGUAUACGUGUAUAAAUGGGAAGACAGUUCCGCUGCAAGACAAGACCCCUCAACCCUCCACACCCUUCCAGUACUCAAAACUAAGGACAAAUGGACCAAGAAAGUUCAUCCUGGUGUUUCGACCUUUGGCGACAACCCGGAGGAUGUUGGCCACGACCACCUUAAGAAACUCCUCAAACAUGCUCUCGACCACGUCCCCAAGAAAGCCGUCCCCGAUACACCUAUAUUUCUCCUCGCCACGGCGGGUAUGCGUCUUCUCCCCGAACACCAACAGUCCAGUCUUCUACGCAACAUCUGCUCAUAUAUUCGCUCUGAAACCAAAUUUCUACUACCAGAUUGUGAUUUGCACAUACAAGUAAUACCAGGCGAAACAGAAGGAUUAUAUGGUUGGCUUGCUGCAAAUUAUCUGGUAGGCGGAUUUGACAACAAGGAGGAUCACGACCAUGGUAAAGGCCAUCAUACGUAUGGCUUCCUGGAUAUGGGCGGCGCAUCCGCCCAGAUCGCAUUUGCACCUAAUUCCACCGAGGCCGAAAAGCAUGCCAAUGAUUUGACCUUGUUAAGAUUGCGGACCAAUGAUGGCGUCCCUCAAGAGCACCGAGUUUUUGUUACCACGUGGCUAGGAUUCGGAGCCAACGAGGCAAGGAGGCGCUAUAUCGAUGACCUAGAACAGUCAUACGGUGUCGAUGGCAUUAAGGAACUUCCUGAUCCUUGUUUACCUCAUGACCUCCGCAUGACUCUCGAUGGAACCAUUUUAUCGGACGAUAAAGAUGCACCUUCAGAUGAACACAUCCUACUCGGGACUGGCCAAUUCGACGAAUGCCUCAAGAGGACCUUCCCACUGUUAGAGAAAGACGUCCCCUGCCCGGACGAACCCUGCCUUGUCAACGGAGUCCAUGUCCCCGCGAUUGAUUUCGAUGUCAACCAUUUCAUCGGUAUCAGUGAAUACUGGCACACGACUCAUGAGAUUUUUGAAUUGGCGCACAAGGACAAGUCAUACGAUUUCAACACAUAUCAGACCCGAGUUAAAGAAUUUUGCGAACAGGAUUGGUCCGUCAUCGAAAAGGGCGUAGAUGACCACACCUGGGGGAAGGAUGUUGACGAACACACCGCGCUCGAGGUCUGUUUCAAAGCCAGCUGGUUGAUUAAUAUGUUACAUGACGGCAUCGGCAUUCCACGCGUUGGUCUGGAAGACACCUCGUCAACCAACAAGAACGGAACGACGGAACUGAUCGAAAGUGGCAAAGAUAAGGGAUUCCUGGACCCGUUCCAGGCCGUCAAUAAGAUCAAAUCCACCGAAGUCAGCUGGACUAUGGGCAAAAUCUUGCUGUACGCCUCAGCUAGUAUCCCCGCGGCCCAUGAUGGCGAUCUCCCUGUCGGUUUUGGCUCCAACGUGCCCGGCAUCCCUAAAGAUUUCCAAUACCCCAGCGGUGGACGGCUUCAAGAUGUUCCUGACUAUACACCGACACCAACACCGCCUCAAGAUGAUUCAAGCCAAAGUAUCACUGAUCGCGUCCAUUCAACCCUUUUCAAAUCCGACUCGCCACACCGGCUUCCUGGCUUUAUAUUCUUCCUCUUAAUCCUCAUCAUCGCAACUUUUUACUUGUGCGGACGCGAUCGACGUGCAAGAAUUCGAAAUUUCUUCUUCGGCCCGACCUCACCUAGCUCCAAGAACAAACCAAGCGGCCCAUUCUCAUUCCUCGACAAAUUACUCGGCCGACGUCGACGAGUCGGCCGCUUCGACAUUGAAGACACCGCUGCUGAGACACGUCUAUACAACGACGCCGACGAUUUCGAACUUGGCAAUAUGUCCUCCUCUUCAGACGACGAACUCCCCGUUGAUGCGUCUGAUGCAUUUGGCAUGAAAUCCAAGCCUAAAUCGUCCAUGCCCAACCCCACUUCUCGACCUAGCCCGAGACGUGGCCAUAGUGGCCGUCUAACGCCCGUCGCUAGCGCAAUGGAUCGUCGUGGUUUAGUCGUCCGUACUGAAAGUCGCGAACAACUUGGUGGUGAUGGUGCGUUGGGGUCUGUUUCUGCAAAUGGUCGGAUUGUCAGUCGUAGUGCAAGUCCCGAACAGGCACGGUGAUACGCAGAUGUACUUUAUGUCUCACUCAUGGCUUGGCUCGAUAGGGACAAUGAGAAGAAAGAAGUCGUCGAUUCUUGUGCGCCUGUCUCACUCUAUAGCUUCUGUGGUCUCGCAUCGCAAUACUUUUUCUUUGCGACGGCGCCACGCCUCCCGCACCCUGUAUAGCUAGAACAAUGAUGUAUUUUAGCGUGUCUAGGAAAUUCC